GGACGCGUCAAAUUAAUCCGAGGGAACUUCAGCCUCCAGGAUAGACACAUUUUCCUUUGUCGGGCGAAGAGUACCUUCGUUUUCUUUGUCUAAAGCAGUUCUAUAAAACUAUUUGAGAGAAGCUCCUGCAAGCAACCAAAAGCGAAUAACUCGAGAGCCUUUCCUCGUAUUUAGACCACAACUCCCUUUACGCAGACGGGAGAGUCAGCGCAUGCAGCCAUUGAGGGGCACAUAUUUCAAAGAGAUCUUCUCUGACCUCGAGCAAAUGGAGCAAACCUAUGGAGAGGUAAACCAGUUAGGUGGUGUAUUUGUAAAUGGAAGACCACUACCCAACGCAAUACGACUCAGAAUCGUGGAACUUGCCCAGCUCGGAAUUCGACCCUGUGACAUCAGUAGACAGCUCCGGGUAUCUCACGGCUGUGUGAGCAAGAUUCUUGCUAGAUACAACGAGACCGGGUCUAUUUUACCCGGUGCCAUAGGAGGAAGCAAACCCCGGGUUACAACGCCGAACGUGGUGAAAAAUAUAAGGGAAUACAAACAAGGUGACCCCGGAAUCUUCGCUUGGGAGAUUCGCGACAGGCUUCUUGGGGACGGAGUCUGUGAUAAAUACAACGUUCCCUCGGUCAGUUCAAUAAGCCGGAUAUUAAGGAACAAGAUUGGAAAUCUCUCACAACCUAACCAGUACGAAAGCAGCAAGCAACCCCCUCCUCAGGCAGCACUGUCGUACAACCACAUAUACCCCUAUCCAUACCCCAAUGCAAUGUCACCCACUGGGACCAAAAUGGGCAGCGCUCCCGGAGGGCCAGUCACGGCGGCCCAUGUUAGCAUAUCAAGAGCAUGGCCUUCUGCGCACACUGUCAGCAAUAUUUUAGGUAUUCGAGCCUUCAUGGACCCCGCAGCUAUUGCUGCAACCGAGGGCUAUUCACCGAAAAUGGAGGACUGGGGUGGCGUGAACAGAACAUUUCCCUCAGCUCACAGUGUCAACGGAAUUGAUAAAUCAAUUGAAGCUGACAUCAAAUACCCUCAGCCUUCGUCAACCUUGUCCAGUUAUGUCCCGGCUUGUGCCUAUUCGCCCUCCAACCAGUACGGAGUUUAUAGCGGCUCAGCAGGUAGCUACAUGACACCAGGGCACCACUGGCAGUCACAGAGCUCGGGCCUGUCCCACCCAGGCAGCGGGAUGACGAUGCACGGGGGAGACAUCCAUUCUGCAGUGGCAUUCAAACAUGCAUCACGAGACGGAUCUGCUCCAGUCCAGGGAAAUCAUAACCAACGGUCUUCCCAAAGCAUCAGUCAAAGGAGACAGAAAACCCCCCAGCCCCUUAAACAAGCAACAGCACCAGGCGUUGAACAGCGUACACGGACUCACCCUUCCUACCUCAUCUUCGUAACCCCGAGAGAAAAUGACCUGGCCAAACGAGGAACUGAAGUAUCCGAUAUGUGGCAGACCCUUUUUUAGAUUUAGCUCAUUUCAACAAUACCAAAAGUAAGUGAAAGCACUAUAUUUAUAGUUUGCCAGCAAAAGUGUUAACUGUAGGGUCAGCCUGCUUUUCAAAAGCAUGUGCAUAAAAUAUCCUAUCAAGGAUACAAUUUGAAACCAAAUGAAUGUAAAAUCAUGAAUAUGAUGUUUAUCUGUACUGUAAUUACCUUCUCUGCAGCCGGUGUUGGUGGUCGGUGCUUUCUCCUAAAAAUUAUUAACAUUGUCAAACAAAAAUGUCACCUAAAAAUAAAUGAUUAUGACUAAGAAACUGUGGCCUAUACAAAACCUAACUGAUAUUUGUGUUUUUUCCUUUUAAUUUUGGUUUCUACGAAGUAUGCUGAACG